UUUCGUGCAUUCGUAAAGAAACCAGCGAACAGUAAACAACCAAUCAACCAGAAGAGAAAAUUUCCGAAUUUUCGGGAAAAUCCUUUAAUUGUUAAAAUUGAAUUUGAUUGUUAUAACAACCUAACAAUCAGAAUUGUUAAGUGAGAUAAAGUUAACAAAACGUGCAACGAAAUACUAAAAAACUCUUUACGGUCAAAGUAGAACUAACAGAAAAACGGCCAACGUUUUUUUGGGAUUAGCCAAAGUGUUAAUUUUAAUAUCUAAAAUAUUUGUGUGUAACCCUUAAGUGAUUUUGCAAAUAAAUAUAAAGGAAUCUUGAAUAAAACGCAAUAGACUACUGCUAGUUCCCUUUGCUGCAUUUAUCUUACAUUUCCUGUUUUUUUCGUUGGCGUUGAUUAAUAAAGAACCCAAAAUAAAUACACAACUAAAAAACUUAUAAGAACAGCAAGUUUAUGCCCGUUCGAGUAAAACUGUUGUAAUUCGGCAGAAUACAUACACAUAAAAAGAGUGGAGAACAAAAAUAAAAACAUUCUAAUUUGAGUGUAUGUGUGUGUGUGUGUGAGUUUGGGUUUUGUCCGUUGGCAAAAAUUUCGCCAAUAUAAGCAAAACAGCGAAAUAAAGAGGAAAGGAACGCAACAGAGACCGAUUGCAGCAGCAGUGCAGUGCUUUUUAAUACAUAAAACACAAAGCAAAACGGCAACAAAAACAACAACAACCCAUUGCAUUUUUCCACCGCAAGCAUAAGUUAACCGGUUCUCUCGUUCCUCACUCUCAGUAAAACAAAAUCAACAACAAAACGAAAUAAAAAAAACUAUCUUCCGUUGCCAACAUCAUCGGGAUUGUAGUGUGUAUUUAAAAUUACUUUACAUUCACAAACCCACAAACAAAUACCGAAAAGAAGAUUUCAAUUGAAUGACCACAGUAUAUCAUUCCAGCCACCAAGUCUUAAGGCCUUAUUAAAAAACAAGUGUCAUCACUAUUGAAUCUGUGAAAUCGGUGAUCGCGGUAGAGUUCCUCAAAACUCCAAAAAAAAAAAACGAGCACAAAGUCUACCUUGACAUUAGCCAACAACUAGCAAACGCACCUGUUUAAACAAGUACAAUUUCCAAUCAUCAUAUUUACCUAAAAACUCAUCCCUCAUACACAACCAACCCAUCGACAAGUGUAGCCAACAAAAACCAUGGAAGUCGAAGCUGCCCCUAAUCAAAAUGGCUAUGCCAGUGCCGAGUCCCGUGAAAGCUCUGUGGAACGUGAGCUUAACGGCGACAUCAAAGCUGUCGAAUUGAAUGGUGGCACUGCCGCUGGUGGUUCCUCUCCCAAAGCUCAAAAUGGCCUCAUGAAGAAGCCCGCAAAUGUUGGCGAUAGCCAUGAUCUGCGUAUCAAAAAGAAAGCAAAACGUCUUAUACAGCGACAGAAUAGUCGUGGUGAAAGCAAUGGCGCCGUUGGAGGUUUGCCCGCGGCCAUAAAUGGCAGUGCCAAAGAUUAUGUUGUACCUCAACGCCGUUGGAAGAAUAGUCGUCGCUCUAGGUCCGGCUAUGGUCGCGGUCUGCCCAAAAAAGGUGGUGCCGGUGGCAAAGGUGUCUGGGGCCUGCCCGGCUCCGAAGCCUUGGAGGAGCUGUAUGAAGAUGAAAAUGAUCCCAACUACGACAGUGAGUCAAAUGAUCAGAAUGUUGUAUUAACGGAAGUCAUUCCGGAGCUAACUACAGAGAAGUUCUUCAAAUUGGCCGAGCCCAUUGUCUUGGAGUACUACGAGCAUGGUGAUACCCAUGAAGUGGCUGUUAAUUUUGAUGACAUUCUUACGGGUUUCUUGCGUCCAUAUGUUACUAGUGUUAUUGUAGAGAUUGCCUUGGAUCACAAAGAUUCACAGCGCGAAAUGACAUCGGUGUUGAUAUCCGAUUUAUAUGGUCGUGUUAUAACGGCCAAAGAUAUUGAGAAAGGUUUUGAGAUAUUGUUGGCAAAUCUGCCUGAUUUGACAUUGGAUACUCCAGAUGCGCCAAAUAUUGUGGGCAACUUUUUAGCUCGUGCCGUCGCUGACGAUUGUCUACCUCCUAAAUUUGUGACCAAACCAUCAGAACAUGCCGAAGUUAACGAGCAUGCUAUGACGGCCAUACGACGCGCCGAUACCCUAUUGCACAUGAAACAGGGUUGGGCCCAUUUGGACAAUGUCUGGGGCAUGGGUGGUCCUCUGCGGCCUGUCAAAACCAUUACCAAGCAAAUGACUUUGCUAUUGAAAGAGUAUUUAUCAUCACGUGAUAUACAAGAGGCCCACCGCUGUCUGCGAGAACUGGAGGUGCCACAUUUCCAUCAUGAACUCGUCUAUGAGGCGGUGGUUAUGACCUUAGAGUCAAUAUCACAAACAACAGAAGAAGCAAUGUGUGCAUUAUUGUCAUCAUUGGAUAAAGCUUGUUUGGUACUUCCAGCUGGCAUGGAACAGGGUUUCCUACGAGUUUUUGAUGAUAUGGCUGACAUAGUCUUGGACGUGCCACUUGCUUAUAUUAUAUUAGAUCGUUUCGUGGAGCGUUGCAAUCGUGCUGGCUUUAUAACAGAUAAGAUAUUAAGUAACAUGCCCUCUAGAGGACGUAAACGUUUUGUCUCCGAAGGAGACGGUGGCCACAUUAAACCACCAACUAUUCCAAUUCGUGACUAAAUUUUCAAGUCUACCAACAUUCGAAUACUGUAAACAUCUUUUUUCCACAAAAAAAAAAACAA